AUGGUUGUCGCAAGGCUAUUUUUCACUACUGAAAAUGACAACCCUUCACAUAAUGAGUUUCCUUUUAGUUCUGUUAGAGACAGAUCUGCUUCCACUCAUCUCAACACUUUUUUUAGAGACCCAUUUUGGCUUUCACCAUCACCAAUCUCUCUUCAUAUUGGUAUCAAAAUGAAGUUCUUUAAUUGGAUGCAAAGUAAAUUCAAUGGUGGGCAAGAGCAUAAAAACUCGCAUACAGCCACCUCUACUACUCUUCACGUGAAACAAGACUCUCAGAAAGAAGAAUUCAAUGAUUGGCCUCAUGGGUUGCUGGCAAUAGGAACGUUUGGAAACAAUGAUAUACCAACUGAAAAUGAAGAAAUCGAAGAUAAUAAAGAAGUUACAGCAUCAUCCUCUCCAGAUCUAUCUGACUUCACACCUGAAGAAAUCGGAAAACUACAGAAGGAGUUAACAAAGCUUUUGUCCAAGAAACCUGCUGCUAAUAAACAAGGAGAAAUCAGUGCUGAUCUUCCAUUGGAUAGAUUUCUUAAUUGUCCAUCAAGCUUAGAGGUUGAUCGUAGGCUUUCAACCACAGUUAUCACUAAUCAAGAUGAUAAAGAGGAAGAUAUUGAUCGCACAAUUAGAGUAAUUCUUGGUAGCAGCGGUUUGCCACCAAUGCCUAGCUUGCAAGAUCGACUUCCAGAAUCAAGAAUGGAGAGGUUAUUAAGGGCAAUGCUUAAAAAUAAGAUCAAUCCUCAGAACUCUUCUCGAGCAUCAUCCACAAGGAAACUUAUCGAAAACAGACAAUCACCCAGGAAGGGGAAAGGAAAAGCAAUAGAAAAACAGGAGGAGGACGCAAAUGAUGGCUCUAAAUGGGUGAAAACUGAUUCCGAAUAUAUUGUGUUAGAGAUAUGA